UUCGACCCAACCACGACCAGACGAACCGGACCAACCGAACCACAAACGUCGAGAGAGGCCGACCUGCCGGAGCGCGAGCGUCUCGGCGGCGGGCGGCGGCGGCGAAAAGGAGGCCGGCAAGAUGUCGUCGGUGUACGUGCUGGAACCGCCGACGAAGGGGAAGGUGGUGGUGCAGACGACUGCCGGCCCGAUCGACAUCGAGCUGUGGGCCAAGGAGGCUCCCAAGGCCACGCGCAACUUCGUUCAGCUCUGCCUCGAGGGCUACUACGACGGGACUCUCUUCCACCGCGUCAUCAAGUCCUUCCUCAUCCAAGGCGGCGACCCCACCGGCUCCGGCACCGGAGGUGAGAGCAUCUAUGGGGCCCCAUUUGCUGACGAGUUCCAUUCACGUUUGAGGUUUAAUCACAGGGGUUUACUGGCGUGCGCCAAUGCUGGCUCUCCUCAUUCAAACGGAAGCCAGUUCUUUAUUACCCUUGACCGCUGUGACUGGCUUGAUAAGAAGAAUACUAUUUUCGGGAAGGUCACUGGUGAUUCUAUUUUCAACCUUCUGGCCUUGGCUGAUAUUGAGACUGAUAAGGAUGAUCGACCUGUGCACCCACAGAAAAUUCUUUCAGUCGAGGUACUCUGGAACCCAUUCGAUGAUAUUGUUCCGAGGCAACUCAAGAAAAUACAGCCUGCUGCCAAGGCUGAUGCUGAGGGAAAACCAAAGAAGAAAGCUGUUAAGCAACUUAAUGUGCUCUCAUUUGGAGAUGAAGUAGAAGAGGAGGAGAAUGAGGCAGGUUCUUUUGUGAAGGACAAAAUAAAGAGUAUCCAUGAUGUGCUGGAUGAUCCCCGUUUUCUUAAAGUGGAACCACAGGUUGAACAACUGUCCAAGGAGCAAGAGGAAAAAAAAAAUGAAACUGUUCUAUCUAUCAGGGAGGCUUUAAUCUCGAAGAAAGUGGACUCGAGAGAGGUAGAGCAUGAUUCAGAAAAUGAUCUUUCUCCUGAUGACGAGAACGAGGAGGAUUUUGACAACAGGAUGCGUUCACGGAUUUUGAAAAAACGUAGAGAGCUUGGAGAUAUCCGGCAUAGUGAAACUUCCAAGACAGAUAAAUCACGUCGGAAGGAUAAGGAGUUACCAGCUCGCAGGAGUGAUGACGACGACGGCGAUGAUGAUCAGGACAAUGAGCUAUCAAAGUCGAGGAAACUAUCCUUGAAGAAAAAAGGUAUUGGCUCUGAAGCCAGUACUGAAAGGAGGUCCAGGGGAGAUGCUAAUUUGCAGCUGCUAAAUCCAGCUGAGCAAGAGAAACAUUUGAAGAAACAGAGAAAGCGCAGCCUCCAAGGCCGUGAAGAGGAGACUUUAGCAAAGCUACAGAAGUUCAAGGCAUCCUUUCUUAAGAAUACACCUGCUGACAUGGAAUCAAAGUCUGAAGACGGUGAGGACUACAAAGGGUGGCAUACCAACCGUCUGGCUUUCGAACCUGAAUCUUCGAAGGACGGAAUGACUAGGAGAGAUGAUCCAAAUGAUUAUGUAGUGGUCGAUCCUCUUCUGGAGAAAGGAAAAGAAAAGUUCAACAAGAUGCAAGCAAAGCUAAAGCGGAGAGAUCGCGAAUGGGCAGGCAGAUCUCUCACAUGACCACUAGGCUGCCUGAGCCCUGAGAAGCGCAGUGUGCAAAUAAUUGAACCGGUAUUACCACACCAUGCUGCUGCUGCAAUUUGUGUGCUGGAUUUGAAUGGAGGCUACUGAUGGUAGAUCGACCACAUUUGGACUAUUCGUAUCAAGGUCAAUGAAACUGUAAAUAGGAACUGUAGAACAUUUUUGUUUGUCUUAUCAUGUAUACUUGUCCUCAGAAAGCAACUUUGCUGUGCCUGUAACAUUUGAGAACCGUCUUGUCAUGGAGGAGAUACAGUAAACCGUCUCUGAAUUCCCACAAGCAUUGCAAUGUAACAUGCGUGUAGGCCUAGUAGCUAGUAGGACGGGGAAAUCAAGUUAAACAAAGUUGCAUUAUUAUUGUCCAGCUUUUUUAGGUAAACAUAAUUGUUGCCCACUUUUUUGUUUAGCAGAUUUUAUUGUCCAGGUUUUUUUUAGGGGAACAUUAUAAUUUGCCCA